AUGGCCGGAAUACCACCAUCUGCGGCAGAACGCCGCACAUUUGCAAGCUUUUUUGCAAAACCUAAGGCUAUCAACACUAAUGCGUUUGAGCCCAAAACCCUACAAAACCCAAAAAAAGUCACAUUUUUUAAUGGAACACCGGAAUUGGAAUAUGACGAUGACGAAUUUGAAGAUUUGAUAGCUCCACAUAAGAUGAACCUUGUGGGAAAAUUCUCAUAUGGGCGUCCCAAAAUGGAGUUUCUGCGAGAUGAGUUUAAGAAGAUUGGCUUCAAAGGAGGUUAUGAACUUGGGCUCAUGAAUCCAAGGCACGUGUUGAUUAGGUUUGAAUUGGAGGAGGAUUAUCAACGGUGUUGGAUAACAUCUCUCUGGCAUAUUGGUAUCUUUCAAAUGAGAAUCUUAAAGUGGCAGCCGGGAUUCAAAUUUGAGGAAGACCCCCCAAUUGUACCAAUAUGGGUUUCACUGCAUGAACUCCCAUUGGAAUGGACACAUCCAUCAGUGCUUUAUUCAAUUGCCUCUGCAGUUGGCAAGCCCUUGCAGGUGGACGCUCCGACUCUCAAUCUGACAAGGCCUUCAGUGGCGCGGUUUUGUGUGGAAGUGGACCUUUUGAAAGAGCUGCCAAAAUCCAUUCGCCUAGGGAAGAAAGGGAAGAAGUUUGAGCAGUUUUAUACUUAUGAAUAUAUACCGGCUUAUUGUCAAUCCUGCUGUAAGAUCGGGCAUAAAGUAAUUGAUUGCAGAAAAGGGAAGGGCAAGAUAAAUGCGGUUCUGCGCAAGGAGGAACAAGCAGGGAUGGAAAAGCCGGCUGCGGAAAAGGUUGCGCUAUCAGAAAAGGUUUUGGUGGGAAGUAAGAAUGGACUUCGAUUGAAUCAGAAAAAAGUCAAAUGGGAUUCCAAAAGGAGUGCCAAGAAAGGUGAAAUGCAGGUUGGGACUAUUAAUGCCAAUCCUCAGAUCAUCAAUGAUCUUUCUACUAAAAUUACGGAGGCACAGGAUGCGGAAAAUCUAACUUUGCAGCCUGCAAGAAUUAGAUUAGUCGAUGGGGCUUCUGGCUCUGGUUUAAAAGAGAAGGAAAAGGAAUCUAUUAUUGUUGAUAUUGAAAGUAGUCCGAAACGAGAUUCGGGUGAUAAGACUGUGAAUGAUGUGAUUCUCUUUGAAGGAGACGAUAAUGCCAUAGUUGAUCCAAAGAUUCAGGUUGCGAGCGAAUUGCGACUGAGCUCGAAGGCGCAAGGGGAUUUCGACACUCAGCGUAACUCUGCCCAGCCAGAGACUUUGGAAACUAUAGUUGUUGACGAUCUGCACCUGGGUCAUAGUGCGCAAGGGGAUGCUGGGUUACAGUUGCAAACGUCACAACUCGAUCUUGAUGACACAAAUGGACCUCAUGUAGCCAUUGAGCAAGGGAAUAAGUUUGCGCUCCUUCAGAUUUGUGAUGAUGAUGGUGAUGUAUCUGAAAAUGGUGAUGAGGAGGAUCCUAUUAUUGAUCUUACGUUGGUUACGGGUAGAGAAUCCGUGAUUGGUGAUCCUCAAGGAUUGUAUGGUGAAAAUUCAGAAAUGGUGGCUGGUCUAGAAAUGGAAGCUGUGACAGUUAAUGACAUUCUGCAACCAGAAAUUAUUAAGCCAUCACUGAAAUACCCUGAUGAUUCGUUUCCAGCAGAAAGUGAAGGAAGUGAUGCUGCUGCGAUAGGGAACAUGGUCGAAGGGGAUAAGGAAAGGCUAACAUUGGAUACUGAACGUGGGAUCAAGACUGGGUAA